AUGAACCAGAAACCAGUGUGUCUAAAGACAGUUGAUCCCAUCGUGGAUGGCUCCUUCCUGGCCGAGAUCCUUUACCAGGACCCGCAGUGUGUGGUCUUUCGUGACGUGGCCCCUCAGGCUCCAGUGGUCCCCCGUCGGCCCAUCCCCCACCUCAGCAGCAUGGCCCACAUCGAUGCCCAGCUCCUGGGGCACCUGCUGGUGGUUGCUAGCCAGACUGCAAAGACGCAGGGCCUCUCCCACUGCUACCAUGUAGUGAUCAAUGACGGGAAGCCCAAGGCCCAAUCCAUCUACCACCUGCAUCUUCAUGUCCUGGGAGAUGGUCAGAUGGGCUGGCCACCAGGCUGA